AUGCCUCUAACACCGGAACAAGUUCAAAUCAUCAAGGCCACCGUGCCUGUGCUUACAGAGCAUGGAACAACCAUCACCACGGUGUUCUACAAAAACAUGCUGACUGCUCAUCCCGAGUUGAAUAAUGUCUUCAACACCGCCCACCAGGUCAGCGGCCACCAACCUCGUGCUCUGGCCGGCGCUCUCUUCGCCUAUGCCUCCAACAUCGACAACCUGGGCGCUCUGGGACCCGCCGUCGAGCUCAUCUGCCACAAACACGCCUCGCUAUACAUCAAGCCUGACGACUACAAGAUUGUCGGCAAAUUCCUGCUCGAAGCAAUGGGCCAGGUCCUCGGUGACGCCCUCACCCCGGAGAUCCUCGACGCCUGGGCCACCGCCUACUGGCAAUUGGCCGACCUCAUGAUCGGCCGCGAAGCCCAGCUUUACGAGCAAGCUGAAGGCUGGACCGACUUCCGCGACUUUGUCAUCGCGCAGAAACGUGAAGAAGGAGCCUGGACUGAACCCGCCGAGCCCGGCGCAAAGGCGCAUCCGGGCUAUGUAUCGAACAUCCUGCACGAGUUUAUCAACGAGGGCGACACCAUCAAGGUCUCCCAUCCAUACGGCGAUUUUUUCCUGUCUGACGCCAAGGCCGCUAACCCCGUUGUCCUCAUCUCCGCCGGCGUCGGUCUAACCCCCAUGACGUCCAUUCUCAACACUCUGACCUCAGAGUCCCCAGAGCGCAAGGUUAGCUUCAUUCACGGCGCUAGAAACUCCCAAGCGCGUGCGUUCAAGAACCACAUCACCUCUCUGGAGCAGAAGCUGUCCAAUCUCACAUCCACCUUUUUCACCAGCCACCCCACAGAAGAGGACAAGCAGGGCGAGGAUUACCAGUACCGCGGCCGUGUGGAUCUGAGCAAGUUGGAUGACAGCCGGGAUUUGUUCCUGGAUGAUGCUACGACGGAGUACUACAUCUGCGGACCCGACACGUUCAUGACUGAUAUGCUGAAUGUUCUCAAGUCCAAGGGGGUCAGCGAGGGCCGGGUGAAGCUGGAGCUGUUCGGAACUGGCGGUGUUCCUCAUUGA